AUGCUGUGGCGAUUCGGUCUUCAGCACGCGUCAAACAUUGACAAGCUGCUGGAGAAGGAGGACCUGACCCUCGAGGAGUUUCUAAAUGACCCAGAUCUGCUGCAAGAGGUUCGCGAGCAGAACCCCAAGCCGCAAAACAUGAAGCAGAUGGUCGACUAUAUUGCCAGCGACGGGUUCUUCAAGUUCUCAAAGAUGGCAUCGACGUCGUGUGAGAGUCGCUGGAUCGCCGAGUUCACGCCACAGGACUUUAUCGAAGAGGAUGAGGACGAUGAGGACGAUGGUGAGGGCGAGAGUGAGGGCGAAGGUGAAGGCAACAGCGACAGAAGCAAUGUGAAUACCGACAAGCAGGGCGACGCUGGAAGUCGCUCGGCACCGCCCAUUGAGGACCAGACGCCGCGGCAAUACCUUCUCGAAACCCUGUGGGCAGUAAUGCGUCUGCCGACCGGCGAGCUGGAUGCCCUGCAGGCAACACAUUUCUCGCGUGUGCUGUGCGGGAUUCUGCAGCGCAAGCCCUACGAGACGCUCGACUUUAUCCGUGCGCAGGAGGGAGCUGUCGAGCUGUUCUUGCAGCACAUUGACGUGUCGGCAAUUGUGGAUCUGCUGCUCAAAGUCAUCAGCCUGGAAGAGCUGGAUGAGGGUCCCAGCAUCAUUGCAUGGCUCAGCCAGUACCGCCUCAUUCCGAUGCUUGUCGACCGGCUGGCGCCUGACCAGGACCCCGAGACACACUCGCUGGCAGCCCAGCCAACUAUCGGCACAAAUGCGCUGAUUGACGAGCUCAAGAGCGAGGCGACUGUGACACGACUGGCCGACUACAUGCUGAGCCGCACAGGGCCGCACGCAACAUCAACGCUCAUCAACUGCGUAUACAUCUUCAUCGAGCUCAUCCGCCGCAACUACUCGGAUACUGACAGCAACGAGCUAUCACCCGAAGAUCAGGGCGGAUACAACAGCUUUGGCGAGUAUGAGACCGGCUCGUACGACCAGCAUGGGAAUCCAGCACGUGCGCUGCCUACAGUUGAUCUAAGCGCCAUGAUGAAGGUGCUUGCGCUGCGCAUCAACGACCUGGUGGAGCUGCUCAAAACGCCGCGGUCGUCAACCGAGCCGGUGGCCACGACGCUCGGACUUCGCGAGCCGCUGGGUUUUGAGCGACUGCGUAUUUGCGAGCUGUUCGCCGAGCUGCUGCACUGCUCAAAUAUGCCCCGCCUGAACCUGCCGCUGGGCAGCCACGAGCUGUUGCCGGAGGAUGGGUCGUUCAAGGACAAGCCCACUGCCACAACAGCACCCAAUACCACAGCGGCUGCUGCUGCUGCUGCCAGUGUCCCCACAGAGACCGAGGACGACGCGUAUGGCACAAUCCCGCUGGAGAUUGGAGACCCCAACGACCACGAUGAGACCAACACGCCAGUGGGGCAGCUACUCAAGUGGAAUCUGAUUCGGUACAAGGUGCUGCCAAUGUGCGUAGACCUGUUUUUCCGGUUCCCACUCAACAACUUUUUGCACUCGGUGGUCUACGACAUGAUGCACCAGGUGCUGAAUCUGCCGCUGAACCUCGAGUGCAACGUUGCACUGGUGGUGGUGGCUUUCCGUGACGUGCGCAUAACGUCGCGCAUCGCCCGGGCCUGCGCCGAGAACGACGAGAUCUGCCAAGAGCCCAAGGGCGUGCGGCUCGGAUACAUGGGCCACCUGACUGGCAUCGGCGAGGAAGUCGCACGGCUGCUUGAGCUGUCGGGGGCUGCGCUCGAGUCGCUGAUCUCUCCGUACAUUAAUGGCGAUGAGUGGCUGGACUAUGUAGCGCGCACGCUGCAGGAAGUGCGUGAGCGCGACCAGCAGCCACUGGGCGGCGAGCGUCCUGGCCUGGAUAUGCUGGAAGCUGACGACUCGAGCCAGGUAUUUGUGUCACGCAUGGGCCUGGUGGACCCGUCGACGGGCGAGACCUAUGAUCCAGAGGAAGAUGAGGACGACGACGAUGACGACGACAGCGAAGACAAUGCCCGCAGCUUUAGUGGUAUGGGCAACGACAACGAUUUGGCCUCUUCGUCGUCGCGGCAUCCGCCCAGUGGCAGCCUGCUGGGUCCUAAUGAAGACGACGAAAUCGACUACAUAAACACGGACACGGAGCGCUACUUUGCUCCCUGCGGACCGUCAGUUGAUGACGAUGACGAGCAGUUUAUCAUCAAAGGUGUAGGCGGACCAGGGGAUGACCAUUCAUCUGACGAGGAGGACCGUGACAGCAGCGAUGGCGAGGGCAUUGGUCCGGCCGGCAACAUCGGCCGCUUCCACAGCUAUCAGAAUGAGACGAGCCGCUCGGUGGUUGCCAGGGACAUGCGUAACGAUGAUGAUGAGGUCGACGGCGAUGAUGACGAUGCGUCAGAGAUGGGCCGCAUGAACGACUACCUGCGCAACCGAGCAGCCGAUCUGGCGGAAUCGACACGUCUGCAUGCAGCAAAAAGACACGAGGAACAACAACAACAAGCCGAAGACGAUGGUGCGUUUGUUCCGCUGAGAUCCGAAAAUCCGCCGCUGGUGCUGGCACCAUGCGAGAAUGAGGAGCCACUCGGUGCAACAAACGACAAACCGGCGCUGCAGCACCAGCUGGCCCGACUAUCACUUGACAGCAGCCCGCACCACACACCCAUUUUGCCUGAGCCGUCCACAGAACCGCCACUCCCCUCAUACCUACUAUCGCUGAAGCCAUUGUCCAAUGACGGUCCACGCCAAGCGCCAGCUGCCGCUCCAGUCAAUGUCCCCCCGCCCAUUCCACCACGACCUCAGCUUGGUCACCACCACCGGAUCAAUGAGCUGUCACAAUUCAGCGAUGACGAUGAUGAUGAUGAUUUUGGCCCAGUGCGGCGUCGCACCAUGUCAAGCUCAGAGCUGGAGGACGUGGUUUCGCGUGACCUGCAUGGGUGGACGCCAUUUGCGCCAGUAACCGAGGAGGAGCCGGUAGAGCUGUCGACGUCAACGCCGCCGCUGCCAAUUCCGGAACGGCCCACAUCAUCAGAAAAGAAGCAGCAGCCGCGCUCAGCCCCGGGCAGCGUGGGUGGUGUGGGCAGGCGGCAGCGAUCGCGCAGCCAGAGUGCAGGUGUGGGGAUAUCGCGGGCAAUGGUGAUCCAGGCGGCGUCGCAGGGUCAGUUCCCGUUCCUGGAUGCGUCUACGUGUGAGUUUGUGGGGCAGUUGAAGGGCGAUGUGAUUACGCUGGGUGGUGCAGCGGCGGGCAACCGCGGAGCGCGGCAGCGCAGCCAUACAGCGUCAGCGCAGCUGCUGAAAACGAAGGCUGGGUUGGCGGUGGGCAGUGGCGGGUCAUUGUCGGCGUCAUCGUCACCGAUCUCGUCCUCGUUCAACAUCCCGCGCCCAGCACCACCAUCUGGGCUGCGCUCAUUCCCGAUGGAGUCUCUCAGCUUAGGCAGCGGCAGCACUCCGGCUGUCACUAGAUCGAGUAGAGUCAACAGCGGUGGGAUCGACAUCCUGCCCGACUUUCCACUGAUUCCAGUGUCUCCCGAGAUCAAGAGAGGCAGUGGAAUAGGAGGGCUAUAUGGAUUUGGUGGUGGCAGUAGUGGUGGGCACUCUCGGACGAUGAUGGCGCCGGCGGACGAUGACGACGAGUCGACAAACUGGGCAGACUUUUCGACGUUUGCUAGCCAUGCGGCGAUUCCGGCGACAAGCACAGAUGCAGAUGACGACGACGAGUUUGGCGACUGGCAUGGGGCUCCGACAUCGCAGCCUUCUGUGUCCGGCACGUCUGCCGCGACCAAGGGCAGCAACAGAGACACGCUGCACAGGUCGCCGUCGACAAAAUAA